AUGGCGGAAUCGCUAUUUAGCCUCGAUGACAAGGCAAUUGGGGAGUUACUGGAACAGUCUGCCUUGGAUGAUGUUGAUGAAGAUGAUGAUGACUUAUACGCGCAAAAUGAUGAAGAUAAUAACUCCUCCGAGGAUGAUGUCACACUCUCAUCUUUGAGGGCGGCUAUCAAUCAAAGUGAUGGCAAAUGGACAAAAAAAAAGACUUCGAGGGAAGACUACUAA